AUGCCACCCAAACUCGCUAUGGUAGACAUUUCAGCCCUCGCUCGACUUUCUUGGGACUUGUAUCACUCAUGCUACCUUAUUUCUGGGGAUGCGCCCGUUGGUUUUCGAAACCUUGUAACGGAACUGGCUUCGUUGCAAGGCACACUGGGCGCCUUUCGUGACCACGUUACCUCCAAUUCCUCGUUCUUCGAAACCCUGCCCGAAGAUCGUGUACACGGCUUGCAAAGUUGUUUACACGGCACCUAUUCGACUCUCAAACAACUGGGUGAUCUGGUUACAAAGUAUCGAAGUUCUGGUUUUGGUGAUGGGCCAAGAUUUGAAUGGGACACACACAGAGAGCAAGUUGAAGGACUUCGGUCAAGGAUUAUGGUGUACUCCGCAAACCUCCAUUUAUACAUGACACCCACCGGCAAUUCAUCUCAGAAAGGACUCGAAAGCCUAAUCCUGGACGCACUGGCAACAACCCCUUCGCAAGAACCACAAGACAACCCCGAGCCUGAAGUGAAGCCCCCCAGCAGCGGCAUCCACACAAUGAGUACAGAGCGCCUGGGACCUGAUGUCGCAAGUGAACUCGAUGCGCCGAGCUCUGUAAAGCCAGAUGUUGUCUUCCAACCCGAGAGUCCUCCCGGGGUUCAUCCUAGCAACUCGACCUCGUCCGAUUCUCGACUCUCCGAAUAUUCCAGCGGGUCAAUCUCCACUGCUUUUACAAACAAAACAUUUCCUAUUUCACCAUUAAGGACCUCGCUCAACAGUCCAACACCUAUAGAACGCCACUUGAUUGGCCGAAGUCCUGUUUCGUCGGGCUCACGUGUCACCGAGAGCCCAUAUCAAGACUAUCCCCGGAGUCAGAGAAGUGAGUCGCUAUCUGAAAGACAUGAGUCUGCUCCGUAUGGGAGCUCCAUCAAUUCUCCAAACACUCCCACAUCUGCAGGCACUUUGCGACAACUUCACGAGCUCCAGUUACGUGACCAGCACCUGCGACCACUCCGUUACGAACCACGAGAUACAAUCCACCAGCCUGAGACUACAAUUCUUGAGAAGUUUGAGUUAGCUUCCAACUAUGAGGACCACUGUCAGAGCCUGAGUACGAGGGACUGGCUCAGGAUUGCAGUUUGGUGGCAGCUCAAGGCGCGAGCUAAUCUCGCAAACGGCGAACGGCCAUCCCUCGUCAGCCCUCGAGGUAGCACGAGCCCAUCUACUAACUCUUCCAAUUCGGGUCACCAAGCCUAUGUGGAUCUAUUAAAAGCGUCGUAUAUUCUUUAUGAUAUCGUCUUGAAAAGGCAGUCUCCACAGUCAUUAGUUAUAGAUGAGAACCGAAAAUUAAUUGCGGACUUAUCAGACGGAAUCAAAGAGGAUUUUUCACAGUUUAUUUCUGUGGAUAUUCCAGACCCCACAACUAUCAGUUUGCACAACCUUGACAUUUGGGAAGCAGUCCAGCCGGACGAAUCUUCCUAUAGUAAUGAGGAGAACCUCCUCAGUCUGGAAAAUGUCCGAUAUACUACCGUUGAGCUUGACGAUGCUGGUGCGGAAGACGAGCGAGUCAUUCUGCGCGCGUUUGUGAAUGCCGGCAUCGGCGGUAAGAAGUUUAGGAUGCGCACCAAAACUGCUCCCUAUAUGCUUCUUUUGUCCACGGUCCAAGGCGAGAGCGAACCCAAACUCACCAUCUGCAAUCAGAGCGGUACUCUUUGCUUACAGCGGGACUUUACGACAGAUGAUCUAACCCAACUGAUAAAGGUAUCGAAUGCUACACUAGGGGGCAUCCCUGGAGCAAAAAUAUCCGAACCUGUGACAUUGAGCUUUGGCACAACCCCUGUGUCCAUCUCAUUCCAAUAUUCGUCGGACCUUGGCCAAUUCAUCAAUAUCCCAAAAGCGUAUUUUGAUGCGGUCUGGCAGCGUGAACCGUCGGAUUCGGAGCAGUUCUCCGAAAGCGUCAUAUUCAAGAGCUCAGUGGAUAUUGUUGAGCAAUUAAGAGCACCAAUCAUGAAGUCCAUGAAUCCUCCUAUUAUUACUCGAUCAUGCCAAGUGCGGGUUCUAGAGAGGACAUUCGGAGAAGUAUGGCGGUCGAUUCGACGUAUGGUUAUUAGCUCGUCCAUGGCCGAAAAGGUCCCUUCCAGCCUCGAGUUUUUCAUGCCAUUGUGCGGUGUACAAGUCCACCGCAAUGAAAUGUCUCAGUCAGUUCAGAUCAAAUGGUCCGACACUGGCCAGGAACGGUCGGAUAAAACGGAUGGCAGUUACAACCCCGUUUACUCCUAUGUCUACGAUGAAAAUAGCCCCAAUAUCGGGCUAGAUAUACAGUUUCGGUCUCCGCAGCGAGCUGCAGAGUUUGAAAAGGCGAUUCUUGGCCUCACCCAAACACCAACCUACUCCUGGGCUCAGCCAAGCAGCUCAGGCAGCGUAUACGACGUGGCAGAUGUUUCACUCGACCAAAAACAAUAUAAAGCAAUAUUUCUGUUAGAGAACCGACUGUCCUUCCGAUAUCGCAGCCUCUACUAUCUUUACCGUGACAUAGAUUAUAUAUACGACUCGUCCAGCAUGAAUGUCAAAUUCCCCAAAAUCUUCUACGUCGACUAUAUCUCUUCCCACGUGGAGCAACUAUACCGUGCAACCAACAACAUGCCGGUGAUCUUCUCCCACUGCGAAAAGAAAACGGGAAACAUGGAAGUGUUUUUCACCGACGAAGCCAUCUCCCACUCAUUUAUGAGCUCUCUCGCAUCCGGCUACGAGCUCUGCUUCUCCCGCCGCGCCGAGUCAAUGACCACAAAGAAACAGUCCUUCCUUGGCUCCAACAAGUCCACAAAGGGUGAAACGGAGGUGCAACUCUGGCGCAAGGGAAACUCAAUCCAGCUCGCAGCACGAUGGACAAACAACGUCCCAGAUAGGUGGCUCAGCAUGUCAGUCCCUUCGGGGAGCUGUCGCAGCAUCUCAUCCCGCGACGGUAACCGCGUCGAGUUUCCCGUGACGGCAUACACCCGAGGCAGCGUACUCAAUCUUGCUGUCAUAGCAUCAGGCUCUCCGAAAGAUGCGAGAAUGGCGAAAAAGAGUGGGCCGGUUACUAUCUAUUUCCAGCGGUCGAAAGAUCGUGACGAUUUUAUUGCCACGCUUGACGGUAGUGCCCAGUCACACUCAGCGUGGAAAUAUGGACAUGGCUACGACUUGCUUGGCUCCUAG